AUGAAGUCUCUGAAUUUUAUUACCAGCAACAAAAAUAAGUUAGCGGAGGUUAGAGCUAUACUAGGCAAUGUGGUCGAUAUCCAGAGCCAGGCAGUCGACGUGCCCGAGAUACAAGGCACAAUUGAAGAGAUAGCGAAGGCAAAGUGCAGACAUGCAGCAUGUGCAGUGAGAGGGCCGGUAUUGACCGAGGAUACGGCUUUAGAGUUUCAUGCGUUUGAAGGCCUGCCUGGCCCCAAAUCCUUCCUCGAAGCCUUGGGACAUGAGGGGCUAAACAAGAUGCUUGACUCAUUCGAAUCGAGGGGCGCAGAGGCUGUGUGUACUUUUGCAUUUUCUUCUGGUCCUGGGUCGGAGCCAAUCCUUUUCCAGGGAAGAACAGAGGGCGCUAUUGUGAGACCCAGAGGGCCAACCAAUUUUGGUUGGGAUCCUAUAUUCGAGCAUGAAGGCAAGACAUUUGCAGAGAUGACCAAGGAGGAGAAGAAUAAAAUCUCCCACAGAUACAAAGCUCUUGUCAAGCUUCAGCAGUGGCUGGCCGACGAGCAACCGUAA